AUGCCUGUUAUAAAUAAUAAAGUAUUAUGUGAUCAGUGUUUAUCUUGUCGAUUAUCAUCAUCAUGUUAUGAAUGUUAUAAUAAAAUUCCAAAUGAUUUAACAAAUAUUGAAAUAUUUCAUUUAAUUUGUACAAAAAAUUUAAUUAUUUUUAAAGAUCAACAAAAAUUUUAUUCUAUUAUAAAACAAUUUUCCAUGACAAAUUGUACAAUGCAUAUAUUUUAUUUUGAUCAAUUUACAAUGUGGAAUUAUUUAGAUAACUUAUCGUUAACAUAUGCAAAAUUAAAUCGUUUAUCUAGUAAAAAUUUACAUCGAACACCAUCCAUACCACCAACAUCACCUAUUUUAUAUACAUUAAAAACAUUGAAUUUAUCACAUAAUUCAUUAAGAACACUAACAAAAGAAUUUUCAUAUUAUUUACCAUCUUUAGUUAAAUUAGAUUUAAGUUUUAAUCAUUUAUUAUUUAUUAAACGUAAAACAUUUUCUGAUCUAUUACAGCUCGAACAAUUAUAUCUAAAUGAUAAUUAUUUAAAACGUAUUUUAAUCAAUGUUUUACCGAAAACAUGGCUUAACUCUAUUGAUUAUCAGAUUGAAAAUGAUAAUUAUAUUUUAGAACUAGAUAAAAAUCCACGGCAUUGUACAUGUAAUAAUUUAUUAAGGUUAAUGCCAAAUAUUCUUCAAUUUAAAUUAAAACGAGAUAAAAUGCCAUUAUGUCAUUCACCAAUAAUACAUGUUAAUCGAUAUUCAUAG